UCUUUUCAACCUCCAAACGUAACAUCCAUCAACGUGAAUUCGAAUUACUUGAAGAAUUACCCAGGCUCGGUUGCUCGGGGGGAAACGAAAAGGGCGGAAGUGCCGGACAUCGAACUAGUUUUAGGUAUAAGUGCACUGACAGGAGAUACGUCGGGCAGUUACAGAGGGCUUCUCGGUUUGACGGACGAAUUUUACAAAGAAGUGUUCACCGGUUACGAGGGUUUCGACGCCUUCACCAUUGUCCCGGUACUGUUGCAGCCGAAGAGCAGAGGAAGAGUUACCUUGAGGAGCUGUGAUCCACUCGAUCGACCUAUUUUCGAAAUAAAUUACUACGAUCACGAGGACGAUCUCGCGACUAUGGUCCGAGGCAUCGAAAAGGCUGUGAAAGUUGCGUCGACGAAAGCCUUCAAACGUUUCAACGCGACGUUACUGCCGGUCGGGUUCCCAGGAUGCAAACACAUCUCGUUUGAUUCUAAUCCGUACUGGGCUUGCGUUGCGAGGCACGUGAGCACGACCCUGGGUCACUUCGUAGGAACGUGCAAGAUGGCCCCGAGGAGGAACUCAGGUGUGGUUGACCAUAGGUUACGGGUGCACGGGAUCAACGGUCUGAGAGUUGUGGAUGCCAGUAUAAUCCCAACUAUAAUAGCAGGCCAUACGAACGCGCCCGCUUAUAUGAUCGCUGAAAAGGCCGCGGACAUGAUAAAGGAAGACUGGAAAAUGGCAAAUUCUCCGCGCAGAACGUCGUUUAACACGUUCAAUCCGCUAAUUGCUGAUUUGAUGUUGACUGAAAUAUUGCUUGUUCAAUCGUGUUUAUCACAAUGCUCUUUCUAUGUUUUCUUCACUUUAGUCAGACUUCUUGGAGGCUUUUUGGUUUUGUAUUGCACAUUAUCUUUCUUUGAUUCAGAGGAAUCCGCUGUAGCGAAAUUUUCGAUCGUAAGUUGUUUGACAGAUCAAAAUCGUCGUCGUUCAAAGCAGUCACACUGACGAUUAAAUGAAUCGAGAAUUUUGUAGAAUUUUUGAAAAAUUUUCACUUCGCUGUUUUAUUUGUACAGUGAGUCGCAGAACCAUUCGUAUCAUCCUCUUGCAAUUGCCAAUUUUGUACGAUUCGAUAUCAAUUUCGAUACACGUCAUCGAUGAAAAAGUUAAUUAAACCUUUUUGCAUAUUUCAACGUACAUUAUCAUUGAAAAGAAUUUUCAAAUUUGUAUCGUGAAAGCGAAAUAUUUCUGACUUUCUGCAUGUUUCAAAAAUUAGAAAAAGGAUUGCGUAUGGUCGAAAUAAUUUCAACUAUCAGUUGACAUUCAUGAUGAAAUGAAUAUAAAAUGAAAUUACUGACAAAUCUGGUAUGACCAUUUAAUAAUAAUGGUAACAGAGAUUGAACGUGUUACUCGAGCAUUGGGAAAUG